AAACGUCUGUCGACGACCGAGAUGAGUUUCGCCAAGAGUGCAUGGCGUUUAACACCAAGAAUGUCCCGCCCUGGCAAAUGUGAGGAACCGGAGUGUUGAAGUGAACUUCCAGCAGGCCAGUAGUCGAGAGAGCAAGAGAGCUCCUGGCAGCGGCGGCAGGAGCAGCAGCUCAGACCUCUGCAACCGACGACAUUUUCCUCUCGCUUCCUCGUGGCACAGAAGUUUGUUCAGCCUGCGCUUGUGCGAGGGAGCGCUGCGCAGAGACGAGGAUCGCGAGGAGGCGACGCGCACUCGGGUGUCGAGUUCGUGGUUGGUGGACGGCCCGGAGUGUAAUGGCAUCGGGGUGAAUGAAUUUGAAAACGUUGGAGAGCUGCCGCUGCUGCAGCAGCAGCUGAGCAACGACGGCUCGAUCGGAACAAGUGCAGCAAGAAGAAGCGGAGGCGCUCGCGGACGUGAAUAGGCCGAUAAAGUCAAGAUACUGUUGUGCUUCUUAUCUGGGCGAGCGAGGGAGAGACGGCAGAAAGUAGCAGGGAGCCCGUAAGAAAGACGGCGGCAGCAGAAGAGUGGGUGACAGUAAACACAGUCUAGUGCGGUCUAUGUCGCUGUGGCGGAACACAACUGAGAGUGCCGAACGUCGAAGUAUUGGCGUAAGUUGCUCGUAAGAGCUGCGGGCGGUUUGGACUGCAUAGAUGUUAGGCGAGGUGCACUUCGGAAGGUCGAUCGUCCAGUCCAGGAUCAGAGUGUAACAGAGUUUGAUAUUCAGAGCUAGCUAGCUACGUAGCGGGGCAAGUUUCGAGGAGAGAAGAGAUAAUGCGCGGGCUAAGGAAGGUGCAGUGAGUCGAAGCAGCCAUGUUCACCGACGGAUUAGACCACGACGCCCUUCGCUGGAUAAAAAAGGAGGAACAUGUCGUAUUGUCAAAUUCGUCAACUCCAGGAACACUUAGCCCAAGUUUCGCCAGCAGAGAGCCUCCGGUCUGCACUGGUCGAAGUAGGAACUCUAACUGGGGUUUGCCACCUUCUCAGCUUGCAAACGUACAUCUCCACUCUGGUCUUCUGAGAGGAGCAUAUUCAAACCACACUCCAAGUACAAAUGAGGAUUUGGAAGAGAGUGUUGGAUCAAUUUCAGGAGGGGUCAACGACGAUUCGUUUGAUACAGAUGAUUCUGAUGACUCUGUUGAGUCUUCCGUCGCGCACAGCCCUCGCCGAAAUGGUGUCAAUGCAAUUCUACAUGAGAGCAGUCAUGACACUAACGAAGCUCAUCAUAGGAAAGCAGAUACUGCUUCCAAGAGGUCUGACGACUCUUUUGACCACAACUAUGUUCCCAGCGGAAAGAAAGCCAGCCACGAAGGUCUGGCUAGAAAGGUUCCAGAGAGCGGACGGGGUCAGGGAGGUCAUGAAGCGGAUUCUACUGGAUUUUACGACAUUGAUUUACCAACUCCGGACUCCAAAGCGGACAGCAACCGUCUAUCAGACUUGAGUAAGACUCAAAAGACAUCAAGAAUCGUAAUCAACGACAAGGGCGAAGCAGAGUUUCAAGAUUUUCAUCCAGAGAGCGACGAAUUAACUCCCUCAGCUCAAGAAAGCCUACACAAGAUGCUAGAUGACAGAGGAACUCAGAAUAACAGGUUUAUGCGAAAUAUGGACAGGCGUGGUCUGCAUAGUACGCGAUAUUCCUCUGAGACUGAAUACUCAGACGAGGAGAAUGUUGAUGAUGACUCUCAAAGAUCACCUACCGAAGCUUGCAAGCGGAGUAACUACCCGACUAUUGAUAUAGAAGACUUGUGCUACCCACAGAAAGUGCAUACCGAGCCUAACGAGCUAGGAGUUGGCACGCGGGACGUCAGAGUUUCACAAGAUUAUUCUGAGGCAACACUUGCAGGUGAUGGACUCCGUCGAAGUCGAUCUGACAGUGUCGGGCUUCCUCCAAGCGCACCUCCAAUGCUGGCAUCCAUGGUUAUGGAGCCUCAACCCGAAAUCGUCGUUCCAAUUCCUGCCUUUUCUGUCUCCAAGUCAUCAGUCACAGCUUUCAGCUUCGACACCGAGAACAAGCAUAGUGGGCCUCUUAGACAAGCUGAGCCAAGUUUCAGGUCAGUUUCUGGUCUGGGACAUGGACCCGGCGUUACUCUUGACGAAGGUCGAGCCCACACACGACAGACUUCACAAAGUCAAGCUCCACCCUUAUAUCUGAGUGGUCAAUCUGCCUGGCAGGCUUUGAUUGCAUACGAUGCAUGUGUUCGUCUAUGUCUUGGAGCUUGGGCAAGAGGUUGUGCAGAAGCCCCAGAAUUCUUGCAGGAUGAAUGCACUCUUCUCCGGCAUUCGUUUGGGUUGCAGCAGCUUCUUCUGCAGCCUUAUGAGGAGCUUAAACGAAAAGGUGUGGCUGAUGAAACUGAGGGGACAGCUGCAUCUAAACCGAAGCGUAAUAUAGGGAAACUUCGAGUUCAAGUGCGUAAAUUGAAGAUAUCGAAGUCGCAGCUGCCAACAGGAUUCACAUGUCCCUCUUUCGGAUCCAUAAAGUUUGAAUCUCUAUAUGCGAGUGUGGAUGAUCGCUCUUCUAACCAACGAGCCCGUCUGUUGCCGGGAUGGGCCGCAGUGAGAAAGCUCCGUGUUCUCCAUCGCGCUUUGCUGCGGGGCAAUGCCUCUCAGCGCAGUCUUGCUUACGUAAAUGCCGGAGCUCAGUACAUGCGUCAGGUUUCAGGAAUCCUCAAAGACAAAGUAAACAGUCUUCGCAGUAACUCAUUGAACUCGUUGGAAGGACCACAAGAGGGAUUUUCUUGUGUCUUGAAGUUGAAGAGCUCGACAGAAGACGAGGCAGUGAGGAUGGUACCCGGAGCCGGUGACGCCACUGUUUUUCUCCCUGAAAGCCCAGCAGAUGAGUUGAUUAUCGAUGUCCAAGAUUUAAAGGGAUCCUCUCAGGGCCGUUGCGUGGUACAACUGACUUCUAUAAGUGAUGACCCAACCGACCGUGUUCGCUGGUUUUCCGUGUAUCUUGAACCUGAGCAUGAGUGUAUAGGAAAAGUGCAGCUCUCUAUCAGCUACAAUAGUACAUCGAGUGAGAUCGGGGCCUCCAAGUGGGGUGCGGUUGGAGAAACCUUAGCGUACGAUAUUGUUUUGGAGGUGGCAAUGCGAGCAGAGCGUUUCCAGCGCAGAAACUUAAGAAUACAGGGUUCAUGGCAAUGGCUGCUCUCAGAAUUUGCCGUGUACUAUGGCGUUUCAGAUGCUUACACUAAGCUAAGGUAUUUGGCCUCGGUGAUGGAAGUGGCUACUCCGACGGAAGAUUGUUUGAUGCUUAUCUACGACCUCCUAUGCCCUAUUGUCAAGAUUAGAGAUGAAGGCACUUUGGAUCGACAGGAGAAACGGAUUCUGGCAGAUGUGGAGGAGCAGGUUUCACAGCUUCUUGCUCUGGUCUUUGAAAACUACAAAUCACUUGAUGAAACUUCGUCAACAGGAAUGACAGAUGUAUUUCCUGCAGUGGGUGCUGCAGCUCCGGCUCUAGUACCUGCUGUCCAAAUCUACACUUUACUGCAUGAUAUUUUGACCCUUGAUGCCCAAACCACGCUGAGAAAUUAUUUCAAGGCAGCCGCAAAGAAAAGAUGCAAGAGGCACAUGGGCGAGACUGACGAGUUUGUGUCGAGUUCAAGCGAAGGCUUCCUUAUGGACCCUAUGACCCUCUCCGCAGCUUACCAGAAAAUGAAGACGCUCUGUGUGAACAUAAGCAAUGAAGUCCGAACUGACAUUGACAUUCACAAUCAGCACGUACUACCCAGCUCUAUAGAUUUGCCGAAUAUCGUGGCGAAUAUAUACAGUGUGGAGCUCUCAAGCAGGCUGCGCUCGUUUUUAGUUGCUUGUCCGCCACCAGGUCCAGCACCGCCUGUUGCCGAGCUAAUGCUAGCAACGGAUGACUUCCAACGAGAUCUGUCCACCUGGGGCAUUCGACCAGUGAAAUUUGGAGUCGACGCGAAGGAGCUGUUUCACCUGUACAUAGUGUUAUGGGUCCAAGACAAGCGUCUGCACCUCCUUGACUUCUGCAAACUAGAUAAGGAUCGCUACACAUGGGUGACAACUCAGAAUGUUACAGUGCCAUUUGUCGAGGAAAUGUACGAACGUAUUAAAGAUACUCUAAAUGAAUACGAGAUCAUAAUCAAUCGGUGGCCUGAGUACACGAUUUCGCUCGAGACAGCUGUAGCUGAUGUUGAAAGGGCGAUCAUAUCUGCCAUUGAGAAGCAGUAUUCUGAUGUGCUCACACCUUUGAAGGACGUCAUGAUUCCCAAGAAGUUCAGUCUUCAAUACAUGCAGAAGCUCACCAGGCGUCGAUCAAUUUGUCUUUAUAGUGUCCCCAGUCAGCUGGGAGUAAUGCUCAACUCUAUAAAGCGACUUCUAGAUACACUACGACCCAAAGUGGAACUGCAGAUGAAGGGAUGGGUGUCUUGUCUUCCUGUUGAGGGAGGAGGUCCUGGAAAGUCCGCUUUUGGUGAGCGCUUGAAUGAAGUAACGAUAGAGCUACGGGCCAAGUACAAAAACUACCUACACGCAAUAGUUGAAAAAUUGGCAGAUAAUACUCGAUUACAGCGCGCGACAAAGUUGAAGAAGAUAUUGCAGGAUACAAGGGAGGCUGGAGGCGAAUCUGACAUAAGAGAUAGAAUGCAGCCAUUGACUUUUCAGCUUGUGGAAACAAUCUCUCACUUGCAUGAAGUGUUCUCCUCACGUGUUUUCGUUGCUGUUUGCCGUGGUUAUUGGGACCGGAUGGCACGGGAUGUGCUUCAUUUUCUGGAGAACAGAAAAGAAAAUAGGGCUUGGUACAAGGGCUCCUCAUUUGCUCUAGGGAUUUUGGAUGACAUAUUUGCUUCACAAAUGCAACGGCUGCAAGGACAUGGGCUGCAAGAAAAGGAUCUCGAUCCUCCACGGUCGGUAAUGGAGGCACGGUCUAUGCUCUCAAGAGACGCGCAAAACGGACUGGACUCUUCAACCUUGUUUUUCUACUAGCUAGCAGUACCCACGUAAUUACCUAGACUGAUUUAUGUUCAACUUUUCCUGUCGUUGACAAUUAGAAUAGGAAAUUUUCCUUGAUCGGAGAAGCAUUUAUAGAGAUGUGUAGAAGGAUGUGAAAGUCUGUGCAACGGGCAGUGUGAUGAGAGGAGCACAUCCCAUAUCCAAGACCAAGAUAUUUUUGGUCUACGAUUUGCAGGAAGAACCCCAGCCGUGUAGGCAUUUCAGGCUUCUCGGGAGCUGAUAUUUUGAAUGAAGCGACCGAGUCAGGCACCUAACACCAUUACUAGAUAAGAUUUGGAGGAAGCAGGUUUUCCCCGUUUCGUUUUGAGGUUGACGUGGAAUAGCUCCAUGUCCAAAUGAGAUACUGUAUAAAAGGGCGGUCAUCCCAAUUCUUUGUAGAAUUUGUCUCAAGAUUUAUUCAUACUCUAUCACGUAGACGGACUGAUGACGAAAACAUUUUCAUAGUUUAAAUAGUACUUCUUGUUCAUACCUAGCUUCUACGGUUGUCUGUUAGUGGUCACAGUUCAGCUCAAAUCUUCGUCAUAGUAUGUCCACGAUGUUGGAAUCUGAGCUCUUACUAUCCGCAGUGGAAUAUCUACUGCAAGUCAGAGCUCUUGGAAUGUAAGAAACAAAUAUAUAGUAAAUGUUCUGUGUGCAGUCGC